GUCGCUUCAAUAUAUUGUCACUUCAACACAAUGGAAGGCAUGACAACCUUGACGUACAUCGAAACCGUUUCUUCGGUCCUUCGCUGGGAGACCAAGCUGGUGUACCGCCGCUUGUUAAAGAGCGAUGCGCCAAUGCCUCCGCCGGAUGAAUACUAUCGCCCUUCGACGUUAUCCGCGUCUAUGGUCUCCGAAUGCGCGUAUGCGGCAUCCAUCAUCGCUCAUGCCUGCAACUCGUCAGUUACCGUUGACAUGGACGCUGUGCGGUACAGUCAGCGGCUCAACAGGCUGAGUGACCGGGUCUCCGACACCGACCUGCAACUGCGUGACUUUGGCCAUGACGCAGACUAUGCUAUUGAGCUGGAUCUGCCUUCCGUUGUUGUUGACAAGUUCGGGGUGAUGCUAGUGUGGUAUCUCCCCGAUGUGCUGACUCCGUGGCGCCAGAGGCAAAUGCAAGAUGGUCUCUUGACGAAUUCCCCGCUGUCGGUUGAGUCCAAAAAAAAGGCAAGCUGGCGUCGCUUGGAAACAAACUUUCGCGAGGGGUGUGAACAAGCGCUCCCCAAUGGAACACCGACAUUUGCACCCGCUUGGUACGCCGUUGGGUCCAAGAUUGGACGUGAGCCGCCUACAACGUAG